AUGCGUGAAGAACCGCAAUUCAUGCUGUUCUCCCUCAGAGUCCCAUAUCUUCAAGUAUGUGUCGAUGCACUGAACCUCCAUUGCGGUCAUUACGCCGAACGUCCUAAGCUUCAUGGUAACUACGCCAUGACUUGCCAGUUGGAGUCCAUCGGCUUAUUUGGCAUCAAUAAUCUACAAAUCCAGCAUCCAACACAAAUCGGACCUGAAGUGUAA